GAUGGAUAUGUCAAGUCUGGUGGUGACGAUACACUUACAUGUAUUCCACAAGGCAAUUCACCUCCUAUUUGGAAUGGUACACCUUUGCAAUGUGAACAGCCAACAUGCCCGCCUCCAACAAUCCGAGGGACUGUGGAUAUAACAAGUACCGACACCGAACCGUACUUUCUUGGCGAGACAAUCACUUGGGAUUGUGGGGGUGAUAAAUGUUCUCUACCGAGAACAAUAGUUUGUUCAAUGAUCAAUGGUGUCAUGCGUUUCAAUUCAACUAGGGUUGAUUGCGUGGGUGCUGCGUGUGCAGAAAGUACUUGUGACCUUCCACCAAGUAUCAGUAACGGAAAUUUCGUGACAACUCCACCUAUUGCUCCUGGAGCGAUAUCAGUCGUUUUGAACACCAGGGUGGUAUAUUCCUGUGAUAAUUGUUUCACAACUAACGAUCCAGUAACGUAUGUCUGUCGAGAGGACUCCACUCAACAGAUAGCAGAAGCCAUCUACGUGCCUUCAGGAGAUCCACCUACAUGCAGACGUGUUACAUGCCCGGGUACCCCUCAGUCGCCACUAGGUGGAACAGUUUCCACAACAGAAAACACGUGUGGCACUCUCGUACAAUAUAGCUGUAACGAUCCGUGUAGGGAACUCGUAGGGUCAUCGAUACGAGAGUGUCAAUCGGAUGGGACUUGGAGUGCUGCGGAACCAACAUGCGAAAGAAAGACAUGCUCUCCACAGGCUGAUAACCCAUUGAAUGGAAAUGUAUCGCCUCAAGACAGUUUCUGCGGUGCACGAUUGACAUAUCGAUGUGAUCCUUGCUUUAGACUACAAGGAUCACCAUUACGACAAUGUACACCAUCAGGCUGGAGUGGUGCUGCACCGACAUGUAUACCAUUAUCGUGCGAUCCAAUAAGCGCCCCUAACAAUGGCCAACGAUUUCCUCCACAAGGGAACCAAGAUUGUACUGACGAGAUAUCGUUCCAAUGUAAUAGCGGUUAUCGUUUGGACGGUGCUCAAACGAUAACAUGUGUUAGCUCAAACAUACCAGGAUCCCGUCCUAGUUGGAAUUCACCACCCCCAAGAUGCAUUCCAACUGACUGUGAACCAAUGCCAAAAGAUCCCGAAUUCGGAAGUGCAGCACCAAAGGGUACUUCAAUUGGUACGAGAGUGUUCUACAGGUGUGAUCCGUGCUACACUCUGACGUCAUCCCAAGGCCCAAUUAACGUCAGAGAGUGUAAAGGUGGAGGUGUCGGUUGGGAUCCCCUGGAAGAACCAACAUGCAGACCUUUGGAGUGUCCCUUUGUUACUAUUCCAAAUGGCCAAUCUACUCCUAGCGACAGAGAUUGUGGAACAAUACGAAGAGUUACGUGUGAUGAUAAUUACGUAUUAGAUGGCCCAGAUACAUUUGAGUGCAGGCAGCAAAAUGGACAAGUGGGCUGGACCGAGAUUCCAAAAUGCCAAGUGGUUUGCACUAGACUAAUGGUAACUGAUCCGAAUGUUGAAAUAGUAAGCGACUCUGCUGAUCCAGUGACUGACACUUACAAACCAAACCAACGGGUGGUGUAUAGAUGUAGAGGAUGUAACCGGUUGAGACCCGUGGGUCCAUUUGGCCAGAGGAUCCCAGAAAGGGUGUGCAAGACCAAUGGACAAUGGGAUAUCCCAAUACCGCCUUCGUGUGAACCUUUGAUAUGUCCCGGGAAUCCCCGUCCUCCAACCGGAGGAAGAGUUGACACAACCAGUAAUGAUUGUGGUACAACCGCAACAUACUCCUGUAACGACCCGUGUGAUGAGCUGUCGGGUCCAGAGCAAAGGACGUGUCUUCCCAGUGGCCAAUGGUCAGCCCCUGAGCCAACUUGCAUAAAGAAAAGAUGCUUCCCAAGACCGUUUGGCCAAUUCCCUGUGCAAGUGACGCCGAACGAUAACACGUGUGGUAUAACCGUGACAUACUCAUGUCCUCGAUGUUAUUCCUUGACACCCGAGUCAUCAAGAACCCGAUCUUGUGGUAGUAAUGGACAAUGGACUCCAUCCUCAGUCCCUUCAUGUUCAAGAAUCACAUGCCCCGCACUAACAUUGGAAAAUGGUUUUGUCAGCGGCAUGCCCGACUGUGACAUGACCUUGGUAUUCCAAUGCAAUUUCCCUUAUCAAUUAGAAGGAUCUCGAACAACAAAGUGCACGGAAGAUGGAACAUAUACGAACGACAAACCAAUAUGUAUCUUAGAUAUAC